AUUUUGGAAACUUAUAAAUCUACGUUUGCCAUUUUCACUGAUCCUUCAGAGGCAAGUAGUUGAUUGUUCUUGUUUCUGAAAUCCCAUUCCAUUAAAGCAUGGAUUCGUUUCUGUUCAUAACGAUUUCGUUUUUCUCGUAACGUUUCUUCAAUUUGUUUUGGACUCUAAUGAAAUAAAAAUCGUUGCUUUAUCUCAUCUUUCAUCUCCCUUUUGUUGUUGUGGAACGAAGACUCAACGAGACUCAGAAAAUAAGCCACCUUUUUUUUUUUACUGUAUCUCUAAGAAACCCUCUUAUUUGUGUGGCAGGACUCUCUACAAUCGCUGUUUGCACAAAAGUCACCAUCUUUCCUGAUCUUUCUAAUAGGUCUCUGUUUAUAAAAAAAAGCUACAGUGGGGUUUGUAAUGGCGGGUGGGGAGGAGAAGACUCUUUCUCCAAAGGAGACUAUACAUCAAAAGUUUGGUGUCAAAGCAGGUUACAUGAUUGAGGAAGUCCAUGUUUCUUCUCAGAACAGUUGUCUUUAUCGAUGCCACUUGCAGCUACCAGACUUUUCUGUUGUGUCCAAUGUCUUCAAGAAAAAGCAGGAUUCUGAACAAUCAGCUGCUGAAUUGGCUCUGGAGAAGCUAGGCAUUCACCCUCAGGAUGAUGAUGAUCAUCAUUUUACUGUGGAGGAAGGUUGGGAUGAUAUUGUUGAACGCAUCAAGUAUAUAUUUUCUGACGAGUUUCUUUCAUCUGAUCAUCCUCUUGGAAGUCACCUUAGAGCAACAUUGCUAAGGGAUGGUGAACGUCGUGGAUCAGUUCCUGUUUCUGCCAUCGCUGCAUUUGAUGCAAAGAUUAACAGUCGCUGUAAAGUGAUUAAUCCUUCCGUGGAUCAAGAUCCUAUCUUGGCCAUGUCCUAUGUGAUGAAGGCUGCUGCAAAGUUAUCGGAUUACAUUGUCGUGUCUCCACACGCAGCUUCACUCCGAAGGAAAAGUCCAUACCCUCCAGCAAUCAUAGAAGGACUUGCUACUCAUGUAGAAAGCAUAAAAAUUGAGGCUGUACAUAUAAAAUGUACCAAAAAGGAUGAAGAAGUUGUUGAGCCGGUCCUUCUGGAUGUUUCAUCAGAUCGGUAUUACUUGGAUACUAUUGGUGAAAAGCUUGGUUUGAAGGAUGCCAGCCAAGUGAUGAUAUCCAGGGCGAUUAGCAAAACUUUCUCUGGCUAUGAGUGUAGGGUGUACUCUGCCAUUCCUAAGCUGACGUCUUCCAAUGAUUUAAAAAAGUCUCGGAAUGCAAAAGCAAGUUUUGUUAGUGGUCAAGAUAUUCAUGGUGAUGCAAUCUUGGCAUCUGUUGGUUACACAGGGAGGUCUCAUGAUCUUGAACAUGACAAUGUAACCUUAAAGUCAUUUUACAGGAUAUGUUGCGGUAUGUCACCCAAUGGAAUCUGCAAAAUCUCCAGAAAAGCGUUGAUUGCUGCACAGCUGCCUCUAUUAUUCACCAGAGAGUCUAACUGGAGAGGUCCAUUUCCCAGGGAGAUUCUCUGCAUGUUCUGUCACCAGCAACAACUAGCGGAACCGGUGUUUACUACAUCUACAGCUCCUGCUAAGUCGAUGUCUGACUUGUUAAGUUCCUUCAACAAGAUAAAAGAUGAUUCGGACAAUCAGUAUUUGAGUAGAGGUAAUUGGGAGAUGCCAGGAUCAGGGAAGGGGUAUAGAUGUGAAGUGAAGAUUUUCUCAAAGUCACAGGAUUUGGUUUUAGACUGUUCGUUGAAGAAGUUAUAUGAGAAGGAAAAUGAUGCUAUUCAAAAUGCUGCAUUGAAAGCCCUCUCAUGGUUUAGUAUGUUUUUCGGCGACAUGGAUGUAGAAUCCCUGGAAGCAUGCUAUACCGAUGACGACCUGAAUAUUCAGUUUAAUCAGAGGAAUCGAUUUAAAGAGACCUUUCCAAGCAGUAGAGUGUAUGAGCUCCCCGAGAUUAUCAGAAACGGAGAUUUGUAUAAAUCAAGGCGGUCCAUGGGUAUGAUGCCAUGGGAAAAGAAGCGUGUUCAAAAUAUAGCAAACGGUUCCUUGGUCAGCAUAUGCUAUUCUGUGUACUUGAAAAAGGAUGCUGAGUAUUCAAAGAAAGGUAAAUCUUUGAAAGAACUCAUUGAAAGCAAUGAAGGGAUAGAGUUUGAGGUAGGGCAUGGGUCUAUGAAUCCACAUCUUGAAUCAGUUGUUACUCAGAUGUCUGUGGGUCAGUAUGUUUGUUUCUCUACUGGAUUGCCUGCUGAAGGCUUGGUUUUGGCGGCUGCCAAUGAUACUGCGAAAGCUCUCUCACUCUUGUCAGGUUUGGAAUACAGUGUACUUUUGUUGGGAGUGAAGGGUCCAACAGAAGAACGAAUGGAGAAGGCUAACAUUGUUGAAAAGGUUGCAGAAGGCUUCUUCUUGCAGUCUCUUAAAGACUAGUCUUUGAUAAAAAGAGUAUCAACCAGAGUAGGCUUUAAAAGAGUUCAUCAAUAAACUCUCCCUGGUCUUUGAUCUUCUAAAAAGUCCCCAAGUCUUGCCCUUUGUCUUUCUGGUGGUCAUCAGCUGAAGAAGUUGGACACAGAGUCCCAUUGAUUUCCAAAGCACAAGAGAUGUGAAGUACUUUAACUUAUUAAGUUCGGAUUGGUUUUUUCUCCUAGAAGUUUUCUCUUACAAAAAGAUGAGGUCUCUAAGCAUAUGAACAUGACCUGCAUACUUAUGUCCAAACUCUCUUUCGAUAUUUUUAAGGUUAGUAGCCAGUGGAAUUUUUUAAGUUAUU